UCCCAUGUCCUAGCAUCUGCUUUAUAUAGGUACUGUUGACCCAAUACUUCUCUCCUAAUGAGACACCUUGUAGACCCAUUUGAUAGACAUGGAAGUUAGGACUGAGAGGAUACAGAAUGUCCCAAGUCACAAAGCUAUUAACUGUGGAACUGAACUUGGCACCCUUCCUCUCCCUCUCUGCACUGCUUCUCUGCCCUGGCCCGGCAUCCUGGCACUGUGGACAGAUGCACAGAAGAGGAACCAGGCAAGGCAUUGAGGAGCAUCUCAGGCCAGAGCUACUACUGCCUGCCCUACUAGGAACCUGCCCUCGACCCUGGCACCAUGAAGCUGCAAAUGUUCUGGACUGGGCUAGAAUACACCUGCCGGCUCCUGGGCAUCACCACCGCUGCAGUGUUGAUCGGCGUGGGCACUGAGACCUUCCUCCAGGGACGGUUCAAAAGCCUGGCUUUCUAUUUGCUGUUUAUAGGUGCUGUCAUCUCCGUGUGUGAAGGCUCCUACUUUGUGGCUCAGAUGCUGACCCUCUGCUUCCAGUGCCGGCCAGAUUCCCUGGCCUAUAGAGCAAGGGAGAAAGCCCGCUGGUUGGGCUGCUUCCAGAAGUUCCUGGCAUACAUGCUGCUGUCUGUGGCCUGCUUUCUCCACCCUGUCCUGGUCUGGCACGUGACCAUCCCAGGCUCCAUGCUCAUCAUCACUGGCCUGGCCUACUUCCUGCUGAGCAAGCGGAAGAAGAGCAAAGCCAAGCCCGAGGCGCCCGCUCCCCCGGAGCAGUACACGGACCCCUCGGGCAGUGCUGUGAGCACCACCGGCUCUGGGGACACAGAGCAAACCUACACCUUCCACGGGGCCUUCAAGGAGGGGACCGGCUCCCUCUUCAUCCACAUGAAGAGCAUCCUGAAGGGGACGAAGAAGCCCAGUGCCCUUCAGUGCCCAGAAACCCUGACAGAGCUGACCCUAGAGACAACGGACUCCCUAGCCAAGAAGAAGCAGGUGCACUUUGAAGACAGUACGGUCAGAAUCAUCCCGUCUCUCACUGAAGACCUGGAUGACGGGGACAGCGAGCCAGAGGAGACCACCUCUGACACCACUCCCAUCAUCCCUCCCCCGCAGGCCCCUGUCUUCCUGUCCUCUCUCACAGACGCCAACCUGUUCUGAGCUGUUGACUCCAGCCUAGGGGACACCCAGCAAGGGGUCUGCGUAGAUUGAUGGCCCUGCCUGGUGUUUCCUGACAUCUGAGGGCCCCACCCUGGGGAGCUUGGGGUCUUCACAGGUUAGUGCUGCAAGGGGUGACCAGACAUCCCCCUAGGAGCUGGGCUUCUGGGACCAUGCCACCUGGCAUGGCAGACCCUGGAGAUGCCUUGGGCAAGGCAUAAAUGAAGCUCGUGCAGUUUCAAGCCAAUAGAAGCUCCUCCUUCCUGGACAGGGGGUGCCAGGAAAAUCCCUGCGCUUUCCCCAAAAGAGACCAUCAGUCCCACUUUACAUGAGGCUGCUUCAGCCCCCAAAGCCAAUGAGCUUCUCUUACUCCUGACAUGGGGCCCAGCAGUCAACAAGGCCUCACUGUCCCUCUCCUCUCGGAUGCAGCAAUCCAGCUCUGAAGGCCCAAGGAUGCGUGAGCUACUUUGUGAGCAUCACAAAGGAAGGUGUUGAAGGUAGCCAUAGACCCCAACCCCCAGAGGAGAUGGCUCAGGAUAUGCUGGAAAGACAAAGCUGCAGCCCGGCCCAGCCGGGUGGGGGCAGCCUGAGCAGUGGGCCGCAGUCUCUGCAUGCUCUGGGGCUGGCCCUGCGGCAGAGUUACAGAGCCACCCAGGGAAACAAUGCCACACUGUGCUCCCUUCAGGGAAAACCAGGGCGGAUGAGUCAGGCUCAUUCCAGAGGCAUCAUGGAGGACUCCCUGCCUCCCCACCACAUGAACUUGCCCGAGAUUCCAAGUAGAUGAUGUAAACUAAAAUGUCCUGAAAGCCGAUGACACUUUAGCAGUGGAGACAGCAGCACAGGACACAGUACCUACAGAACGCAGGGACCACAGAGGUGGUGCCCCAGAGACACAGCACAGAGAGGUGCGUGUUGGCAGAAUAUGCAUUUGUUUAAAAUGUAAGGGAGGGAACCAGAGGGAAAGGGGGGUGGUAGGAGGAAAGGGGGCGAGCAGGCUAGCUCUCUUCCACUGCGCUGUGGAAGUGACAGUUAACCUAGAAUGAACGAAGAAAUUUGAAUCAGAUAGUCCUUACAAGAUUUUCAAAAUGGUAUUUGUUUCUAAAAAGUGUCCUCUGGUCCACGGGAUUGUUGCAAGGAACAGCAGACACAUUACUCCUGGUAGGCAAGCUCAAUUAAUGGGCAAGUUGAAAAAAAAAAGUUACAUUGUUGGCCACUGCAACCUUUCCAGCACAUGCUCUAGGUUCUGGAUAAGAAACAUGUGUUCCUUCCUGACCGCUCUUCACUCUUCGACAUCCUCUAGUAGUUACACUGCAAACGUGUGGGAAUACAGCCAGGCAGAUGAUUGGUUUGGUGCCCAAAUCCCACAGGUGGCCCAAAUGAGGAGCCCUCUUCCUGUAUGAACCCAGUUGUCCUGUAAAACCAAGUGAGAAAAAACAAAGAAAUAGAUUCCCAUGAACCCUCAAUGCUGGAGGGAGCAGAGCUACUUAGCUGGAAGGAAGAGCGUCAGGAUCCCAGGGUCCACGGGGGAGAGUGAAGAACACAACGUGGGUAUUGGUAGACAGAGAUGGCACCCAGUUCCUACUGGGCCAGGUGUCCCGGGCAGGCCCCUCGUACACAGAAGGAGCCCACGUGGAGAGGGGGCAGGGGUCCUGCAUCCGUCACACGCGGAGGGGGAACAUGAUGGGCACAGACACCCUCACAGCACAGGCAUGGCGGGCUUCUGGAAAACUCAAAACUCUGCUCUGUUCUCAGAACCCAAGCCAGUAGAGUGGAAUGGAUGCCCAGGUCACAAGAAGCAAACCCCGAAGUGAGAUAUCAGAACUGUCAGACUUUAUUUAAUAAACACUUCUGUAAACCCAAGGGCAAGAGCAUUGCUUGGCAUGGGCCCUAGAGAAAGCUGCACAUUGGGGUUUCCAGGUGACACGGUGUGCGUACCAUCCUGUGACAUCUGGGCUUCCUGGUACCCACCAUCAGUUAAGGGAGAGGCUGCAAGGCUAUGCAGCAUUAGAGACGCGGACAGCUACGAUCUCACCUAGCUCGGCGAAGUAAGGCUCUCAAACACUCUCACCGCUGUCCCAGACAACAGCAAAGCUGGGAUGAGAUCAUGAAGUAGGCUGGAGCCCUCACCUCUGUCAGCAGACCAGAGAAAGUGGCACCUCCCAAGAAGCAGAUGAAUACCACGUGUCACCAUCUGACUCUCAGCCUGAGACUCUCCAACCACAUUCUCAUCCAUGGCUAUCCCCUGUGAAGAUGAUACAAUGACCCUUAUCCCUGAAGAGAAACAAAGACCAGAGGGGCUGACCCUACCGUGUCCUAUUCCCUUUCUCAGCAGAAAGUGAAGCAGGUAUUUCAUAGAUGUGGAGCAGAGCAGCUGGAAGUAGCCACAGCGUUGAUCUGGGAUCACUGGCUCUGCCGCUAACAUGCUGAUCACCUUGGCCAGCCUUCCUCACCUCUCUGGUCUUAAGUCCUCCUAGUACAUGAGAAUAAAAGCUUUCUCUCAGGA